AUUCCCCGCUCUGUCCUUCAUCAUCGUCCUCUAUCUCGCUUCAACGUGACUGCGUACAACCAGAUAUGGAACACGAUCGCGACGCGUCUGUAAAAGUAAAGUUUACCUUGAUGGUUGCUACCUUUCCCUUUGCUGGCAUCCCGCGUCCGCGCUCCGCUUUCUGGAUUUGAGGGCCAAAGUUAGACGAUGGCGUUACAGUUGCUCCAUCUCCCCGUAGAGCUGCUGCGCCGUGUAGUUGAAUGCACAGCGGAGCCGUCCGGUGAAGUAGACAGCUACGCGCAACUCGUCGCGCGUAAAGAUGGCCUUGAAACGCUCAGAAGCCUACGCCUCGUCUGCAAGACGCUUUCGACCAUCACCACACCUGUUCUCUUCCAGACCGUUGGCGUGCAUCCCUCGUUUCCUCAGGACGCCCCGCAGGAAAGCGUGGAACGAUACAACCGGAUUCUGGAGCACGAGGAGCUAAGGAAACACGUUCGCUCUGUGCAUUUCGACACUUUUGAAGUGAAACCGAUCCGCGCAUAUUUACGGGGUCGGGGGGUCAGCGAAGAAUAUCUACAAUCGCUGAGCCGGCUCAAGGAGUUUCCGAACCUGAAUGCAGCCAUGCUGAGGUUCUCUCAGAAUUGGAUUGCAGGUGAGCGGGCUCAGCCACAGCAGAGUUAUGCUUUCAGCCGGCCCAUCAGGGAAGCAUUUUGCAAAGCGCUGACGGAUCCGCUUACGCGUGACGUCAAACACAUUUCGCUGCAGAACAUCCUAGCAAAUCCCCGCAGCUUGACGGAGCUCGAAGAUCACGUGCCUAUCCUCACUCGAGUCUCAUCUUUCACGCUCAGCAUCAUCGGAAGCCAAGGCGACAGAGGGCUUCGGAGCCCGUACAUAUUUCAACACCGAUACCUACCCUUCUUCAUGCUCCUCCCCAACUGGCUAGCUUCCGCCUCCACCAACCUAACCCAUCUCGCGCUCUACUUCUUUGCCGACUGGACCUACAACUUCUUUCCCCCGCUCGAGCUGCAGAAGGUGCACUUCCCGCACCUGCACACCCUUGCCCUGGGCGACUACGCAAUCGCGCGCUGCGCACACGUUGACUGGAUCACAGGGCACGGGCGCACGCUGCGUCGGCUCUUCCUCCACCACUGCCCCAUCAUCGUGUACCGCAUCAUCUACCCGCCCUUCGCGGUCCCGGUCUCCGAUCCUGAAGGCGUGGAGCUGCAUGCGGACGAGGGCCAGCAUCCGCACCGGCUCCUGCAGCUCGUCAACUUUAACUCUAGCUCUCGCCCCCGAGCGACGCAGUUCACGUCGCUGCGCUGGGCUGAUGUCUUUGCACGAUUGGGGGCUGAGCUGCCUCGCCUCGAGGAGUUCCGCUUCGGUGCAUGCAAUGACGACGUCCGCAACAUGUCGGACGCGGAGGUGUACCUGAACAUGAAGACGGAGUUGUAUGAGUGGCGGUACAAGUAUUUCGACUCGAUGCGACCAGGGCCGAUGUAUGUACCUAUAAGGAGGGCGAGAGAGGCGGGCAGGUUCAGCCCAACGGAGGGAAGCGAGACAGAUGCAGGGAAGCAGUUUAGCGGGUUUUUGGGGGAGGUGCAGAAGGGGGACGUGGAUAGGGAGGAUGGGCGGGCGUUGAUGAAGCUCUGUAGGGGAAAGAGAGGGGGGUGUGGUGAAGAGGGAGUCGUGUUUGUAUGA